UCUUCAUGGUCCUGGAUGAGGCCCACCACUCUUCAGUGGCCUGGGUCAAGCACCGGACUCUGACCCUGGGCGCUGCUGAGCAGCCGGUGCUGAGCGUGCCUGUGGAUGCGGCGGGCAGCCCUGAGCCCUGCCUCCCGUUCCGGCCACCCCCCGACGGUGAGCUGGAGGACGUCCUCAGCCACGGCUUCAGUGAGACACAGCCUUGCGAGGCGGGCUGGGUCUAUCGCAGGAGGCCCCUAUCCCUAAAGAAUGAGCUGAACCUGGCCUGUGGUCGGAAGCAUCCGAAGGACACCUCCCAGUCGGUGGACCUGGCUAGGCUCCUCACUGGGGCGCUCAUCGUCGGGCCCCUCUGUGACUGGAUUGGCCACGAGGCCACUGUCCUGGUGCAACUGCUACUCUUCGCCAUCCUUGGCAUGGCCGCAGCCUUUGUGCCCGGCUUUGAGCUCUACACGGCCCUGCGCUUUGCUGUGGCCACAGCCGUCGUUGGAUAUAACUUCAGCAGCGUCACCCUACUUGCAGGGUGGGUGGGGCCCUGGUAGAGAACUCAGGCUGUGGUCCUGGCCCAGUACACCUUCUCCGUGGAGCAGAUGGCCCUCGCAGGACUCGCCCAUGGCGUCCAGAGCUGGAGGCUUUUCCAGAUGGCUGGCGCUGCACGUCUUCCGCUCUUCCUUUACUUCUGGGCUCUGCCGGAAUCUGCACGGUGGCUCCUGACCCGGGGGAGGGUAGAGGAGGCUAAACAACCGAUCCAGAGGGUGGCCUCGGUCAACAAGCGAAAACUUCUCCGAGCUCCUGAGCCAGGUACUUGCAGUAGCUGGGCCAGCCCUGCCCUGGUCUGACCACACAGCCCGGCCUGCCUGGCCCCUCACUCUGCACCUCCCUCCCGGAUGGUCCCAGAGAAGACCGGCCCCACGGGGGAUGCCCUGGAUCUGUUCCAACACCCCCAGCUCCCCAGGCACUGGAUGGCUCUGGUGGGGAAGUUUGCUACGGCGGCUGGAUUUACCAUCUCCUACGUGUAGUCUGCUGAGCUCUUCCCCACUGUCAUCAGGUAAGGACUGCAGACGGGCAUGGGGCUGGUGGGCAUUUUCUCGAGGAUCGGGGACAUCCUCACGCCACUCGUGACCCUGCUGGGUGAGUACCACACGGCCCUCCCUAUGCUCAUCUACGGCAGCCUCCCCGUCGGGGCUGGCUUACUCUGUGCCCUGCUGCCAGAGCCACGUGGCUGGAGCACGAAGGACGCCAUGGACGACCUGGAGCAGGAGUCCUGCCCACAGCGAGGUGCUUGGUCUCCUUCUGCUUCCUCCAGCCCUCUGAAUGCAAUGACCUCGGAAAAGGAUUCCGAGGCCUCAGGAAGUACUUCUAGCCCAGGGGUGGCCUUUAGAGCAGCACGUACCUCUGAGUGUGUCUCCGAAGCCAGAGCAGCAGCAGCAGAGAGCUGCCUGAACACUCCCCUGGGAACAGCUGGACCUGUGAGCAUGACCAUCUUGCUGACGGAGGCAGCACCCCAUGAGCUGGCCCCAGAGCCAGCCAGCCACUGCCCAGCCCAAUCCCAGAAGCAUCUGAGACAGGCCUCCCUCCUUUCAAAACCUUUCUCAUCCCCAGAGCCCCACACCCAAUACCCUGUUCUGGGUUAGAGUCUUGGGCGUGUCUUGGGCUUAACUUGUUCUCUGACAGUCUUGUG